UGCGACGACAUCAUUUUGUCAAAAGGUGUAUAAAUAUGUGGGGGGGGUUUUUUUUCUUUUUCUUUUCUUUUUUUCCUUAACAAACUUUCUUACAUUAAUUGUUCACUUUACUAUAUUCUCCUGUAUUCAAAAAUGUCUCUUGCUAAACAAAACUUUGCCAGCCAAUCUGAAGAAGCCUUGAACCAACAAGUUAAUACUGAGUUACAAGCUUCUCAAGUUUACUUGUCAAUGUCUGCUUGGGCUCAACAUUCUUCUGUUGCCUUACCUGGCUUAGAAAAAUACUUUCGUGAAGCUGCUGAAGAGGAAAGAGAACAUGCCCAGAAAUUGAUUGAUUAUAUCAAUACUAGAGGAGGAAGAGUUGUACUACGCGCUUUGCAAGCACCUGAGACUGAUUGGAAGUCUGCCAAGAAUGCUAUUGAAUCUGCCCUUCAACUCGAAAAGGAUGUUAAUAAAUCUUUGUUGAAUUUACACAAGAUUGCUGACGGUCAAAAUGAUCCACAGAUGUGUGAUUUUAUUGAAAGUACCUUUUUGGGUGAGCAAGUAGAGGCUAUUAAAAAAUUAGCUGACAUGGUUACACAGCUUAAUCGUGCCGGUGAAGGCCUUGGCGUUUACUUGUGGGAUCAACAACUUUACAGAGAAGGAACUGGUGCUGGUAGUCGUGCCACUAGCGGUCCUAAUGCCUAAAAUACAUAUAAAGGAAGUAUGGAAGGGUAAAAAUUAUUAAAUAAAUAAAUAAAUAAAAAAUAAUAAAAACAAAAACAAAAGAACAAAGUAAAAUUCAAUAACUACCUUCUCCCCAUGCUUUAUUAAUAAAUAAA